GAGAGCAGUGGAUGCAGGCCUGUGAGAGGAAUAAGGACGAGGAGGGGUGUGCGCGAGAAGGGGGGUAAUACGUGUGAGAGUACCCUGAAGAGUGGCAUCGGUAGUACGGGUGGUGGGAGGAGGGGAAGCGCGAGGGGCAAGAGGCGACCGUUCACGUCUUUUCGACGUCGACGCAACCCCGUUGGCGCAGAAUAGCUGCUCAGUGCUCGUCGAACGGCGCUGUGUUGCGACGGGACCAUGCCGCCGCGCCCUGCACCACCGAUCAACCGAUCUCAGACGACAUAGUCCACGAUAGGAAUUGAUGAUCCGCUCUGGCUCGACAACCCGUCAAAAUUGAUCGAUCGAAGGAUCGAUUACCGGAAACAGACGACCAAAAAUGUGACGCUCGGUGUGCGCUCGACGGCUCGGGGCUCGAACAGAGAAGACUGGACGACUAUUGGGAGCGUGACGUUGGAUUGACGAGAGCGGGCUCGACGACAUGAACUCGAGCGGGGAGUCAGGCGGGACGAUGACCGAGGACUACGAGGUGCCAGGCUGCGGCCCGCAGGAGGAGGAGACAGGCUCGAACCUGCCCGUUUGGGAAGCCGCGGCCGCCUCCCUCACGCUGGGCUUCCUCGUCUUGGCCACGGUGCUGGGGAACGCGCUUGUCAUCCUGAGCGUGUUCACCUACAGGCCCCUUCGAAUCGUUCAGAACUUCUUCAUCGUUUCUCUGGCUGUCGCUGACCUGGCCGUCGCGAUCCUCGUGAUGCCGUUCAACGUCGCCUACCUCCUCCUCGGCAAGUGGAUAUUCGGCAUACACCUGUGCAAACUCUGGCUAACCUGCGACGUGCUUUGCUGCACGGCGAGCAUACUGAAUCUUUGCGCGAUCGCCCUCGACCGUUACUGGGCGAUCACGGAUCCCAUCAAUUACGCCCAGAAACGCACCCUGAAGAGGGUUCUGGCGACCAUAGCUGGGGUGUGGAUCCUGUCAGGCGCGAUCAGCUCGCCGCCCCUCGCCGGUUGGAACGACUGGCCCGAGGAGUUGGAGCCGGGUACGCCAUGCCAGUUGACCAGAAGGCAGGGGUACGUGAUCUACUCGUCCCUGGGCUCGUUCUUCAUCCCGUUGCUGUUGAUGAGCCUCGUCUAUCUCGAGAUAUUCCUCGCGACGAGGAGGCGGCUGAGGGAGCGCGCCAGGCAGAGCAGGAUAAACGCUGUUCAGUCGACCAGGCACCGCGAGGCGGACGACGCCGAGGAAUCCGUGAGCUCGGAGACGAAUCACAACGAGAGGUCGACGCCUCGGUCGCACGCGAAACCCUCGUUGAUCGACGACGAGCCGACCGAGGUGACGUUGGGCGGCGGUGGCACCUCGUCCUCGAGGCGGGCGACUACGGGGAGCAGGGCACCGGCCACCACGACGACCGUGUACCAAUUCAUCGAGGAGCGGCAGAGGAUCUCGUUGUCGAAGGAGAGGCGAGCCGCGAGGACGCUGGGCGUGAUUAUGGGCGUGUUCGUCGUUUGCUGGUUACCCUUCUUUCUCAUGUACGUGAUCGUGCCGUUCUGCCCGGCUUGUUGCCCCUCGGAUCGUAUGGUCUACUUCAUCACGUGGCUCGGUUACGUGAACAGCGCUCUCAACCCCCUCAUCUACACGAUCUUCAAUCUCGACUACAGGAGAGCGUUCAGAAGGUUGUUGCGCAUCCGUUGAGUCUGCAACGCUUGUUAUCGCAUCUGUUACGAAAUUGUGGGAAAUUGUUCCCGAAAAACGCUCGUCGAGAAACGGGAUUGGUCGUCGAGAGGAUUUUGUCGAGGAUGAUCGAAACGUUUGUUGGGAAGAAGCCAAGUCGAGUCAAGGAUAUUCUUCGAGUUGCGUACAAAAAGUCGUUAUUUUUCGCGGGGGGAGAAGGAAGAAAAGUGUAAAAUAUCGCGUCCAUUUUCGUCGAGACAAAAGAGAGUCGCGAGCGAAGCGAUUAAGCGAUCGAAGAGCGAGCAUCUGAUAGUCUAAUUUAGCGAGGAUAUUCGCUCCCAGAAGAGUCGUUCCAUUAAACUUGUUCCAUUAAUCCUGCGAAGCGCGCGGCCAGGAAUUUUAAGGAAAUGAAGUCGCCGCCCCUGUUCGAUUGUCCUAUACCUCAUUUCAUCCGUCGUUACGCGUUUGAGUUUGGCUCAACGAUAAUUCACCGCUAUCUUCGAUCAGUCAUGAAUAAUGGAAAAUCGGCUCGAAUUCGAUCGCCGCAACUCGGUCGUCUCGUUUCGAACGAGCAAGAUCUUCGAACGAAUUGAACGGAGGAGGAGGUUGUGGUGGAACAGGCGUCGUGUAAAAAUUCGAUCUCGACGUCGAGUCUGAUCGUUCCAUUUCCUAAGGAGCCUUGUAAAAUAUUGCUCUCCCGAGAAUAUUCGAAUAUUCUUGAUGAAUCGGUGUGGAAUAUGGCGAGCCUCUUUAAAUUCUUUCGCCCAGCUUCCACCUCUUUCGUUGCAUAAGAGAUGGGAUCGCGUGGUUAGGUUAGGUUGUUGCGCGUGAAACGUUGCCAAAUUUAUUACUAAACGUGAAAAUUCAACGCGGUUGAACGCGAUUCAACGUGGAAUCUCCAAGUGUUAAUUAUUCGACAUGUAAAUCUUGAUCAUUGGUGUAAAAAAAUUCAAGUUAAAUUCACCAGUCUUUCAGCGAGUAAAUAAUCUAUCAAGAAUUCGAUAGAAUUUCAUCUGCAACAGCCUAAUUUCGACGCAAGAUGGACGGCCAAGACUGCUUCUCGUCGCCAAUCUCAAUAGCCGAGCAGAGAAAUUCACGUUUACGAAUAGGAAUUUUCUACGAAACCGACCAAGACUCCAGUUAAGAUGUUUUAGAAGAUAGAAUUUACGUAUCCUAGGUG